CAAAGACAAGGGUUCAAGCCCUGCCUCUGACAGUUACUGGCUUUGGAAAACCACUGAGGUCAUUUAUUCUCUGAGUGCUCUCUAGAAUUCCCAACAGAAAAGAGCUCCCCUCUAACCAUGAGCUCGGAGGUCCGGUCCCCCCGGGCUCCGCUAGGGCUGGGGGUCUUCUUGUCAGGACCAUCCCAGGAGAAGGCUUGGGUUCCAAUUCCCACCCAUCCCCUUCCUAGAAGAGGUGCCAUGUUUCCCAUUUCCUGGAGAGGAGCCCCCAAGUCCAACUGAACAAAGUACUCUCCAAUCUGGGAGUUUCUGGAGGGGCUUUUCUGGGUGAAUGGACCGAGGCGCGGCUGUGGGCGGGAAGAGGAGGGCGUCACAUCCGGGGGCCCCAGUCGGUGCUUGGGUGGCUCCCUGCUCUGAUUGGGCAGGAGUGACCAGGCCGGGCGAGUGACCCUACUGCUUUGGAAGGGCUGGGCCCCAGGACUCCGGGUCCCCUGCCGGGCCAUCUUCAGCACACCUGCGCCCAAGGCUCUUCCCCACCUGGUGAGUGUGGGCACGGGGGGUGAGGGCAGGCCGUGAGGCUAGUCAGGGGUUGAAGAGGUAGGAAGGAGGCUUUGGGGCUGGGGGAAGGGCAGUUACACUGGAGCCACUGACCUUUGUCAGGAAGCCUGGAGCCUCUUCCCAGAAUGGGAGGAGCAGGCCCGAGCCAGAGCUGGAGUAGGGGGUGGGGUGUGGGGGAGAGGAGGGAGGCCCGUUCCUAGAGGCAGUUCAUCCUGGGGAACUAUAAGGGGUAUAGCCCCACAGCGGUAAAAAGAGAGGAAGGUGAGCUGGCUACAGGGAAGCUGACUCAGGCCUGGAAAUCCUAUCUCUGGGGGUUUGGGGGGAGGCAAGAACUUCUUGGGAUGAAUGCGAACCUCCCCAUCACUUUCCUGGCCUGUCCCCGUCCAAGCUGAGGCUGCUUUCGGGGCCUCCGGGAUCUGGGGGGAGAAGAACGAGGCAGAGGAGUGGAAGGUAAAGGGGGGGAGGGUCCAGCCCUGUUGACAGACUUACAGGAAAUCCCAAUAUUGAAUCAGGUGCAGACCUCUUUGCACAACUUGUGAAAAGAGGAAGCCGUGUGGGGGGUCUGUGAGGGGCUGGAAAGGGGCCUGCUGGGGGCAGGGAGGAAGGGACAGACUUGGAAGUGCAGAGGCCACAGCCCCAGAAAGGAACCAAGCAGGAACCCGAUUCCUGGAAGUCUUGGGGCCACAAGAGGAUCCCCACUCCCCUAAUCCAGGGCCCAGUCUGUCUGCUUGGGAACCAGAGAUACCAGGAGACAAGUGAGGGGGCGGAAAGAUCCAAGUGGCUUCUAGGUGAACAGAGAGAGGGACAAAGCUAAGCGAGCGGGGAGCUCUCUCUACUCUCCCCCUCCAGGCCCCGGUUCUAGCAGCCGCUUCUCAGUCACUCCCAAGUGUUCCCACAGCCGCCCCCCUCGGGAGCCCCAAAUCCUUGCUCAUUCACACCCCGACCCCACCCUCCAACCGGACACUCCCGGAGCCUAAGCCAGCAGCUGUCCCCCUGUGGGCAGAGCCCGCCUCUCACCCACCCCGUCCCCAUGCCCAUAGAAGCCAAAGCGUGGGGGAGCUCCCUACGGGCCGGGGUGCUCGAGCCGAGGUCGCCGGGUCCCCGGGAGGCGGCCCGCAAAUGCCAACGACCGCUUCUCUCGCCGCCAGAGCUCCGAGCGGGCCGGGAGGCGUUCUGCUCCGCAGCUGCUCGGAAGGAGCCCCCAGCCCCUGCCCCCGGCGCCAGCAGCCCACUCUGCCCAGCCGCUCCGCGCUCCAGCCGCCUCCAUGGCCCCGGGCGGAACCCAGGGGAGCAGGCCCCCCGCAGGGAGCCACCCCGGCAGCCCGCCUGCUCAGCAUGGAGCUGACUGAGCUGCUUGUUGUGGCCAUGUUUCUCCUCACUUCGAGAUUAACCCUCACCCUGACCAGCCCCGCUCCUGUCUGCGACCCCCGGCUCUUCAACAAGCUGCUCCGAGACUCUGCCGCCCUGCACAGCCGACUGAGUCAAUGCUCGGACCUCGGCCCUCUGCCCAUCCCUGUCCUGCUGCCCACCGUGGACUUCAGCCUUCGGGAAUGGAGAGCAAAGACGGAGCAGACCAAGGGGCAGGAGGUCCUAGGAGCCGUGACCUUAUUGCUGGAAGGUGUGAUUGCGGCCCGGAAGCAGCUGAGCCCCAGCUGCCUCUCGUCCCUGCUUGGGCAGCUCACAGGCCAGACGCACGUCCUCCUGGGAGCCCUGCAGGGCCUCCUGGGAACUCCGUCUCUCCCAAAGGGCCAGACUGCAGCUCACAGGGAGCCCACGGCCAUCUUCCUGAGCUUCCAGCAGCUCCUGCGAGGAAAGGUGCGUUUCCUGCUGCAUGCACUAAGGCCCAUCCUCUGCGCCAGGCAGGACCAGAGAACCCCAGCGACCCCCGGCAGCGGCUCCGUGCCCUCCAUCAGGACCACCCCUGGGCUCACGGACCAGACCCUGGCAGCGCUGGAAAGGGGCCCGGGGAGCUCCACCACAGAAGCCCCCGAUCCCACCAGGAUUCCCGGACUGCUGAACCACACGGCCCGUGCCCUGGACGGUGCCCCUACGCACCCGAACGUGACCGUGGGGCCCUCAAACAGAACCCAGGCUCCCCCUCCCGGACCCUCAGGCAAUGCUCCGGCAGACUCCCCCCAGCCUUCCAGCCAGGAGGGAACCUUCCAACCACCCAUUCCUUUGGUCGAACUGCUUUUUCCCCCAAGCAUCCCCUCUCCUGCACGCCACAUGCUCCCCUCUCCCUCACCCAGGGAUCGACUGGGCCCCACACCCAGGGCUCACAUCCCUCCUGCUCCCUCCUCGGCCACAAGCUCAGGUAACACGGCUCCUGCAACGUGCUGCCUUCACUCCCGGGACGACACUAGGGACCUCAGCCCCCACCUCCGUCCUCCCAGGAGCCGGCCGGAACACUCGUGAUCCCCAGCCUGGCCCGAGCUCCACUGCCCAGCCUGGCCAGACUCUCAGAACUCGAGGGCCGGGUACAGAAACCCGGAGGCCUCCCCACGACCCCCCAGAGCCUUCUCCAGCCAGAAGGGAACAUUUUUCACUGUACAAUUUCAGAAAAUAUUUUUUUAAGCAGAUAAAUAUUUGUCAGAAAAGUGGAUUUUCUUGGAACCUUUGGUUCAUUUCUUCCCAACUCCCCCCACACACACACCUCCUGGUGAUCUCUGGUUCUC